ACUUUCAAAAUAUUGUAUAUAUUUCAAGAUUCUACUAUAGUAUAAACUUUUAAAUAAGAAUAGUUCUUUAAUUUCUUUUUUCAAAUUGAAUCAAUUUGUAUCUAGCUGUACCUAAUUUCAGUUCCCACUAAUUACUCGUAGCAUAAAAUAAUUACAGAAGUAAUUGAUGGAUAGUGGAAAUUAGUAUUGUAUGAUUAGGCAUAUGGGUUCUGGUAAAAAUGUUAGUUCGGUUAACAUAAAGUUACAUUAAAUUAAGCUGAAUCGAAUUUUGAUUCGGUUUGAUUUGGCAUUUGGUUAAUAAUUUUUUUGGGGUGGUUACUGUUUAAUUUUAAUUACAAAUUCGAGUCUUUUGAUUAAAAUUGGUCAAUUCGGUUAUAUCGAUUAAAAUUUUAUUUAUUCGACUUGAAAUAAAAUGGUUUGUUUCUCUUUUUUUUUUUUUUUUUGAAAUCCAACUAACUAAUUGCCGAAUGGAAACCAAAUUAUACCAAACUUGAAUCGAAACGCAAAAACAAUUUCAUUUGGUUUGGCUGGUUCGGUAUCGGUCAAAAUCCCACCUCUAAAUAUGAGCGUUAACAAACGGUGCGUUUUGUGGUGAAUCCAGCGGCGUCAGAUUUAAGGUGUGGAAAUCUGUUGCGGCCGUAAACUUCGAAAGGCGUUUCCGUGUCACCGUGUCUUACUACGCGUGUCUCUUUCUGUGGUCGUCCUUUACUGAAACGGCGUCGUUACGACAGAGUUUUUGAUAUUUCUUUGCAAUUAUCCAUAUCUCAUAUGACUAGAUAAACUCUUGCAAAACAUAGACAUUCCUUGCUUCGUGGUAUGCUCUGUUCUCUUGGGAGGGUUGAAGAACAAAGUCAUCACCAUUUUGUUAUGUGGAAUUUAACUUCAAAAUCCAAUGAAGAAGGCUUUAAAUCAAAGGGAGAAGAUGCUGUCACAGAACCGCUAAAAGCUCCUUUAGAUGAUGGAAGAAAGACAAGGAAGGAAGAAAGACUGGAGUGUCCCAUUUGCUGGGAACCAUUCAACGUAUUUGAGAAUGUGCCUUACGUCUUAUGGUGUGGUCAUACCAUCUGCAAAGAUUGUCUCUUAGCUCUCCACCGUGCCGUUGUGAUCAAAUCCUCAGGUUUCCCUUUCCACCUUCCCUUCUUCGUUACUUGCCCUUGGUGCAACAUGCUCUCUUUAAGGCUAGUACACAACGGAGCCAUCAAGUUUCCUUCCAAGAACUAUUACCUUAUAUGGAUGGUCGAAACCAUGAACGGCUCUCGCAGUGACAACAGAAGGGUCACUUCAGGGGAGAGAGAUACGAAAGAGAGGUGUGAUGGAGUGAGUAACAACGCUUCAGAUGUGACCAGAGGAUACUUGAGAACUGGGUGGCUUCAUGGUUAUAUAUGUAAGUCAAUGGCUCUUGUUGCUCAUUUGUUGGCUAAGUUUCCUUUGGUAGUCAUGUUCCUGUUGAUGGCUUUAUAUGCGAUCCCUGUUAGUGCUGCGGUUCUCGGGGUCUAUUUCUUUGUUACAAUUGCUUUGGCUGUUCCGUCGUUUUUAGUCCUUUAUUUCGCUUUCCCGAGCUUAAACUGGCUGAUCAGAGAGAUUUCAGCCUAACUCAUUGUUGUACUAUCUCUCUCUUGUUGUUCCUUUGUGUUUCUUGACUUGUGAGGAACAUGAACUAUAGAGUCAAACAUUGUUAUACUCAGUUUAUACAAGAAGAAGAAGAAGACUUUUAUUUCAAA